AGCAGCUUCGGCUCUGUUCGGCAUUUGUCGGGUAUUUCCGUACAACUGCAGAACAUUGCGUCACGUAAGGCUUUGAAAAAAAUUGUUAUCCGUCGUCGUUGAUCCGCCCGGACAGACGCCAGCUCCGAAGCUCUUCCGAAAACAAACCCAGAAAAUGGACACCGCAGGGGUCAAAGUGCUGGAGACAGCCGAGGACAUCCAGGAGCGCCGCCAGCAGGUGCUGGACCGCUAUCGGCGCUUCAAGGAGCUGUCGGUUGUGCGGCGGCAGAAGCUGGAGGAUUCUUACCGGUUUCAGUUCUUCCGCCGUGAUGCUGACGAACUGGAGAAGUGGGUCCAGGAGAAGCUGCAGAUCGCCUCUGAUGAGAACUACAAGGACCCCUCCAACCUGCAGGGCAAACUGCAGAAGCAUCAGGCCUUUGAAGCUGAAGUACAAGCCAACGCUGGAGCCAUUAUCAAACUGGACGACACUGGAAACCUAAUGAUCAAUGAGGGUCACUUUGCAGCUGAGACCAUUCGAACUCGUCUGGAGGAGCUGCAUCGCCUUUGGGACCUCCUGCUUCAAAGGACCAAGGAGAAAGGUCUGCGUCUAUUGCAGGCCCAGAAACUGGUCCAGUACCUGCGUGAGUGUGAAGAUGCCCUGGACUGGAUCAGUGAUAAGGAGGCCAUGGCCACCUCUGAGGAGCUCGGCCAGGACCUGGAGCACGUGGAGCUUCUGCAGAAGAAGUUUGAUGAGUUCCAGACAGACCUGGCAGCUCACGAGGAGCGCGUGAACGAGGUGAACCAGCUAGCUGGCAAGUUAAUACAGGAGGCCCAUCCUGAGGCCGAGCUCAUUGUCCGAAAGCAGGACGAGGUCAAUGCUGCUUGGCAGCGCCUCAAGGGCCUGGCUCAGCAGAGGCAGGGGAAGCUGUUCGGAGCCGCUGAGGUGCAGCGCUUUAACAGGGAUGUGGAUGAGACCAUCAGCUGGAUCAAGGAGAAGGAGCAGCUGAUGGCCUCUGAUGACUUUGGCCGUGACCUGGCCAGCGUGCAGGCUCUGCUGCGCAAACACGAGGGUCUGGGAAGAGACCUCGCUGCUCUGGAGGAUAAGGUCAACACGCUGGGUGGUGAUGCAGAGCGGUUGCAGGAGACACAUCCCCAGAAUGCCUCCCAGAUUCACCUGAAGAAAGACGAACUGGUCUCUAACUGGGAGCAGAUUCGCACUCUGGCUACGGAGCGCCAUGCCCGCCUGAAUGACUCCUACAGGCUGCAGCGUUUCACGGCCGACUUCAGGGAUCUGACCAGCUGGGUGACGGAGAUGAAGGCCCUAAUCAAUGCUGACGAACUGGCUAAUGAUGUGGCUGGAGCUGAGGCUCUGCUCGAUCGCCACCAGGAGCAUAAGGGAGAGAUUGAUGCUCAUGAGGACAGUUUUCGAUCAACGGAUGAAGCUGGCCAGGCUCUGCUGAACACAGGACACUACGCUUCUGAAGAAAUCAAAGAGAAGCUGGGCAUCCUCGCUGAGGAGAAGGGGUCUCUGCUGGAACUGUGGGAGGUUCGUCGGCAGCAGUAUGAACAGUGCAUGGACCUGCAGCUCUUCUACAGAGACACUGAGCAAGUUGACAACUGGAUGAGCAAACAAGAGGCUUUCCUCCUCAACGAGGACCUUGGGGACUCCCUGGACAGUGUAGAGGCACUGCUGAAGAAACACGAAGACUUUGAGAAGUCCCUGAGUGCCCAGGAAGAGAAGAUCACUGCUUUGGAUGAGUUUGCUACUAAGCUGAUCCAGAACAACCACUAUGCCAAGGAGGAUGUGGCUACACGCAGAGAUGCGCUGCUCAGCCGCCGCAACGCUCUGCAUGAGCGUGCUCAGUCUCGGCGUGCAGCCCUGGAAGAUUCCUUCCACCUGCAGCAGUUCUUCAGAGAUUCUGAUGAGCUCAAGAGCUGGAUAAAUGAGAAGAUGAAGACUGCCACAGAUGAAGCUUACAAGGAUCCCUCCAACCUGCAGGGGAAGGUGCAGAAACACCAGGCCUUUGAAGCUGAGCUGUCUGCUAAUCAGAGCCGCAUUGAUGCUCUUCAAAAGUCUGGUCAGGAGCUGAUGGAUGGAAAACAUUACGCAUCCACUGAAGUGGCUGGACGCAUGGAGGAAGUCAGCUCUCAGUGGAAGAAACUGCUAGAAGCCACUGAGCUCAAAGGCAUUAAGUUACGUGAAGCCAACCAGCAGCAGCAGUUCAACAGGAACGUGGAGGACAUCGAGCUGUGGUUGUAUGAGGUGGAGGGACACCUGGCGUCAGAUGACUACGGCAAAGACCUCACCAGUGUCCAGAACCUCCAAAAAAAGCACGCGUUGUUGGAGGCUGACGUGGCUGCUCACCAGGAUCGUAUCGAUGGUAUAACCAUUCAGGCUCGCCAGUUCCAAGAAGCAGGGCACUUUGAUGCCGACAACAUCCGCAAGAAACAGGAAGCCUUAGUCGUCCGCUACGAAGGUCUGCGUGAGCCUAUGGCUGCCCGCAAGCAAAAGCUGUCUGACUCCCUCAGGCUUCAGCAGCUGUUUAGGGAUGAGGAGGAUGAAGAGACUUGGAUUCGUGAGAAGGAACCUAUUGCUUCAUCUACUAACAGAGGCAAAGACCUAAUUGGUGUCCAGAACUUGCUGAAGAAGCACCAGGCCUUACAAGCUGAGAUCACUGGUCAUGAGCCCCGCAUCAAAGCCGUCACCCAGAAAGGAGAGGCCAUGAUCGAGGAAGGACACUUUGCUGGCGAGGAUGUGAAAGCCAAGCUGGCUGAGCUCCAUGGGCGCUGGGACGGUCUGAAGGCCAAAGCCUCCCAGAGGAGACAGGAUCUUGAGGAUUCCCUACAGGCCCAGCAGUACUUUGCUGAUGCCAACGAGGCAGAGUCUUGGAUGAGGGAGAAGGAGCCCAUUGUGGGAAGCACUGACUAUGGCAAAGAUGAGGACUCUGCUGAGGCUCUGCUGAAGAAGCAUGAGGCUCUGAUGUCUGAUCUGAGUGCAUAUGGCAGCAGUAUACAGGCCCUGAAGGAACAGGCCCAGUCCUGCAGGCAACAAGUGGCACCAACUGAUGAUGAGACUGGGAAGGAGCUGGUCCUGGCUUUGUAUGACUACCAGGAGAAGAGCCCCCGUGAAGUAACGAUGAAGAAAGGAGACAUCCUCACUCUCCUCAACAGCACCAACAAGGACUGGUGGAAGGUGGAGGUGAAUGACCGCCAGGGCUUCGUUCCUGCUGCGUACGUGAAGAAGCUGGACCCCACCCAGUCCUCCUCCAGGGAAAACCUGCUGGAUGAACACGGCAGCAUUGUGCUGCGCCAGGACCAGAUAGAGACUCAGCUUGUCACCAAGGAGGCCUGCAGCGUGUCUGUGCGCAUGAAGCAGGUGGAAGAGCUGUAUGGCACUCUGCUAGAGCUGGGAGAAAAGCGCAAGGACAUGCUGGAGAAGAGCUGCAAGAAGUUCAUGCUGUUCCGUGAGGCCAACGAGCUGCAGCAGUGGAUCAACGAGAAGGAGAGCGCCCUGACAAACGAAGAGGUCGGCACCGACCUGGAGCAGGUGGAGGUUCUGCAGAAGAAGUUCGACGACUUCCAGAAGGACUUGAAGGCCAAUGAAUCCAGACUGAGGGACAUCAACAAAGUGGCAUCUGAGCUAGAGUCUGAAGGCCUGAUGGCUGAGGAGGCACCGAUGGUCCAGGCUCAGCAACAGGAGAUGCUCGGUGCUGCUCCUGGCAAGGACGAAGCUGAUUCCAAGACGGCAUCACCAUGGAAGAACAUCCGCUUGGCUGUUCAAACAACGGCUAACUUUAAUUCUAUCAAGGAGCUAAAUAAUCGCUGGAGAUCACUACAGCAACUGGCUGAAGACAGAAGCAACAUGCUGGGCAGCGCCCAUGAGGUGCAACGCUUCCACAGGGAUGCCGACGAAACUAAGGAGUGGAUUGAGGAGAAGAACCAGGCACUAAACACUGACAACUACGGCCAUGACCUGGCCAGUGUUCAAGCUCUGCAGCGUAAACACGAGGGCUUUGAGAGAGACCUGGCAGCUUUGGGCGAUAAGGUGAACUCCCUUGGGGAGACAGCGGAGCGUCUGAUUCAGUCCCACCCAGAGGCAGUGGAUGACAUCCAGGAGAAAUGCACCGAGUUGAACACUGCCUGGAGCAGCUUGGUUGGACGUGCUGAUCAGCGCAAAGACAAGCUUAGUAACUCCCACGACCUGCAGCGCUUCCUCUCAGACUUCAGGGAUCUGAUGUCCUGGAUCAACGGCAUCCGAGGGCUGGUCUCUUCAGAGGAGUUGGCCAAAGACGUGACAGGGGCCGAGGCCCUUCUAGAAAGACACCAGGAACACCGCACAGAAAUCGAUGCUCGUGCUGGUACCUUCCAGGCCUUUGAGCAUUUCGGUCAGCAGCUGCUGGCGCGUGGCCACUAUGCCAGUCCGGACAUUCAGCAGAAACUGGAGGCACUAGAUCACGAGCGCGCCGACCUGGAAAAGGCCUGGGUGCAGCGCCGCAUGAUGUUGGACCAGUGCCUCGAGCUCCAGCUGUUCAACAGGGACUGUGAGCAGGCAGAGAACUGGAUGGCAGCUCGUGAAGCCUUUCUGGCCAGCGAUGAUAAAGGCGACUCUCUGGACAGCGUGGAGGCCUUGAUCAAGAAGCAUGAGGACUUUGACAAAGCAAUUAAUGUGCAGGAGGAGAAGAUCGCUGCCCUGCAGUCUUUUGCUGAUCAGCUGAUUGGAGCCGACCACUAUGCAAAGUCUGACAUCUCAAACCGCCGCAAUGAAGUCCUUGACAGGUGGCGCCGGCUAAAGGCCCAGAUGAUUGAGAAGCGUUCUAAGCUGGGUGAAUCUCAGACCCUGCAGCAGUUCAGCCGGGAUGUAGAUGAGAUCGAGGCAUGGAUCAGCGAGAAGCUCCAGACAGCGACUGAUGAGUCCUACAAGGACCCCACUAACAUUCAGCUGUCCAAGCUGCUGAGUAAGCAUCAGAAACAUCAGGCGUUUGAGGCCGAGCUUCACGCCAAUGCCGACCGGAUCCGCGGGGUCAUCGAUACUGGCAACGCCCUGAUCCAGAGAGGAGCCUGUGCCGGCAGCGAGGAUGCAGUGAAGGCGCGGCUCAGUGCUUUGGAUGAACAGUGGCAGUUCCUUGUUAACAAAUCUGCUGAGAAGAGCCAGAAGCUGAAGGAAGCAAACAAACAGCAGAACUUCAACACCGGCAUCAAGGACUUUGACUUCUGGCUCUCUGAGGUGGAGGCGCUUCUUGCUUCUGAAGAUUAUGGUAAAGAUCUGGCUUCAGUCAACAACCUGCUGAAGAAACACCAGCUGCUGGAGGCCGAUAUCUCUGCCCAUGAAGACCGUCUGAAGGAUCUGAACGGCCAGGCCGACAGCCUGAUGGCCAGCAACGCCUUUGACACCUCGCAGGUGAAGGAGAAGCGCGACGCUGUCAAUGGCCGCUUCACUAAGAUCAAGAACAUGGCCGUGGGCCGCAGGGCCAAGCUCAACGAGUCCCAUCGCCUGCAUCAGUUUUUCAGGGACCUGGAUGAUGAAGAGUCUUGGAUUAAAGAAAAGAAGUUGCUUGUGAGCUCGGAGGACUAUGGACGUGAUUUGACAGGUGUACAGAAUCUGAGGAAGAAGCACAAGAGACUGGAGGCUGAGUUGGGAGCCCAUGAACCAGCCAUUCAGUCGGUGCUGGACACUGGGAGAAAACUGUCUGAUGACAACACCAUUGGCCAGGAGGAGAUCCAGCAGAGGCUUGCCCAGUUUGUCGACCACUGGAAAGAACUCAAAGACUUAUCUGGAGCAAGGGGACAGAGGCUGGAGGAGUCACUGGAAUACCAGCAGUUUGUGGCAAAUGUGGAGGAAGAGGAAGCAUGGAUUAAUGAGAAGUUGAAUCUAGUGGGUAGCGAGGACUAUGGAGAUACUCUAGCUGCUGUGCAGGGCUUGUUGAAGAAGCAUGAAGCCUUUGAGACGGACUUCACCGUUCACAGAGACCGAGUCAAUGAUGUGUGCACUAACGGGGAGGAACUGAUCAAAAAGAACAACCACCACGUAGACAACAUUAGCGCAAAGAUUUCGGCUCUGCGGGGCAAAGUGUCAGAGCUGGAGAGGGCGGCGGCUCAGAGGAAGGCCAAGCUGGACGAGAACUCCGCCUUCCUGCAGUUCAACUGGAAGGCCGACGUGGUGGAGUCCUGGAUCGGUGAGAAGGAAAACAGCCUGAAAACUGAUGACUACGGCAGAGACCUGUCCUCCGUGCAGACCCUGCUCACCAAGCAGGAGACAUUUGAUGCCGGUCUUCAGGCCUUCCAACAAGAGGGCAUCACAAACAUCACGGCUCUGAAGGAUCAGCUGCUGGCCGCCAAACACAUCCAGUCGAAAGCUAUCGAGGCUCGUCAUGCUGCUCUGAUGAAGCGCUGGAACCAGCUCCUGUCCAACUCCGCUGCUCGCAAGAAGAAGCUUCUGGAGGCUCAGGAGCAUUUCAGAAAGGUGGAAGAUCUGUUUUUGACCUUUGCCAAAAAAGCCUCAGCCUUCAACAGCUGGUUUGAGAACGCAGAGGAGGAUCUUACAGACCCAGUGAGGUGCAACUCUCUGGAGGAGAUCCGAGCACUUCGUGAAGCCCACGAGGCGUUUCGCUCCUCCCUUAGCUCGGCUCAGGCCGACUUCAACCAGCUGGCCGAACUGGACCAGCAGAUUAAGAGCUACCAGGUGAUGUCUAACCCCUACACCUGGUUCACCAUGGAGGCCCUGGAGGAAACCUGGAGGAAUCUGCAGAAGAUCAUCAAGGAGCGAGAACUAGAGCUGCAGAAGGAGCAGAGGAGGCAGGAGGAAAACGACAAGCUGCGCCAGGAAUUUGCUCAGCACGCCAACGCUUUCCACCAGUGGCUGCAGGAGACCAGGACCUACCUUCUGGACGGCAUAGCCUAUCGAAGGGUUAUCUGUGUCUAUCAGUACCAAGUUGGUGAUGAUCUUUCUGGAAGGUCGUGUAUGGUGGAGGAGUCCGGUACGUUGGAGUCACAGCUGGAGGCCACAAAGCGUAAGCACCAGGAGAUCCGGGCCAUGCGCAGCCAGCUGAAGAAGAUCGAAGACUUAGGCGCUGCUAUGGAGGAGGCACUGAUCUUGGACAACAAGUACACAGAGCACAGCACAGUGGGCUUGGCCCAGCAGUGGGACCAACUGGACCAGCUGGGAAUGAGAAUGCAGCACAACCUGGAGCAGCAGAUUCAGGCCAGAAACACGACCGGAGUGACUGAGGAGGCUCUGAAGGAGUUCAGCAUGAUGUUCAAGCACUUUGACAAGGAGAAGUCCGGUCGUCUGAACCACCAGGAGUUUAAGUCAUGUCUGCGCUCCCUGGGCUACGACCUACCCAUGGUGGAGGAAGGAGAACCGGAUCCAGAGUUUGAAGCCAUACUGGAUACAGUGGACCCCAACAGGGAUGGAAACGUGUCGCUGCAGGAGUACAUGGCCUUCAUGAUCAGCCGUGAAACGGAGAACGUCAAGUCCAGCGAGGAGAUCGAAAGCGCGUUCCGAGCUCUCAGCACCGAGAACAAACCCUACGUCACUAAAGAGGAGCUCUACCAGAACCUGACCAAGGAGCAGGCCGACUACUGCCUCUCUCACAUGAAACCCUACCUGGACAGCAAGGGCCGCGAGCUGCCGUCGGCGUUCGACUUCGUCGAGUUCACGCGUUCGCUCUUCGUCAACUAGUGGCACGUCUGCCAGUAAGCGAACGUUUGAGCACAUGCUGACACUGCAUGGUUGUUGCACUAGGAAUACUCACUAACAGCUCUGUACUAUCUAUUUAUCUCGCUCAGCCCUUAAAUUGUGCUCCACCUAGUUUAGUGACUGUCUCGAUUUAAAUGUUUUAGCUUGUGCUUUAAUAAUUAGGACAACAGGACAAAGACCUUCUUACAAAUUGCUGUGCUUUAAUAAACGCUACUGGUUGGAA